AGGGGAAGAUAACUUCGGAGAGGGACUGUCCAGGAGGUCGAUCGAUUUCGUUUAAAAGAAACCUAAAUAUGGGGAGGGAGGCUGCGGUGUGGAUAAUGUUGGCCUUGCUGGCCACCGCCAAUGCACACAUGGACGUCGUCCACAGCUGGAGGACCGUAGACUACGCUUUUCCCAGUCUCGUCGCUCGAGACGCCAUGAUCCGGACUGGCAAGUUUAUACCAAUCAACAUCGCUCUUAUCGAUGUCGAUGUAUGGGAUGGUGGCCCAGAUGGUCAAAAAAUCUUCGUCACGGCCCCAAGGUUCAAACCCGGCAAUCCAGCAACUCUUGCAACAGUAGCCCCCAAUGGUGCUCUCCAGCCUUACCCCCACUGGAACUGGCACAGGGAGGGAAAUUGUGAUGGCAUCACUUCAGUCUUCAGGAUAGACAUCGACCAAUGUGGAAGGCUAUGGGUCCUAGACUCGGGAAUGGUAGAUAUAUUCGAAAAAGAGCCAAGAAUGAUAUGUCCUCCUCAAAUUCUAGUCUUCAAUCUCAACACCGAUAAAUUAAUAGGAAGGUACGUUUUCCCCUCAGACGUGGCAGACUCAAGGUCUCUGCUUGUGACCAUCGCCGUGGACACGAGAGACCCCAAGUGCUUGGACACCUUCGCCUACGUCGCAGAUGUCACUGGGUACCGACUCCUGGUCGUCGACGCUGUUCGGCAAAAGUCUUGGAGGGUAACCAACAACUACUUCUAUCCUUACCCACUACACGGCUCCUUCGACAUCAAUGGGGUCAGCUUCGAUCUUAUGGAUGGUGUCAUUGGCCUAGCUCUUGGACCUGUGGUGAACAAUGACAGAAGGCUAUACUUCCACUCUUUGGCUUCUGUCCGAGAGUCUUGGGUAGCUACGAGCCUUCUCAGAAACCAGACCCUCUUCACUGAAGGGGACGGUGCCCCGAGAUCAUUCCAUGUCUCUCAGUUCACCAGGAGCUCUCAAUCAGCAGCAGAAGCCAUGUCUCCAAAUGGUGUUCUGUUCUUUGGCCUCUUAUCCCAGAAUGCCAUAGCUUGCUGGAACUCAAGGUUGCCAUAUGCACCACAGAACAUAAAUGUUGUAGCUAAGAACAAUGAAACACUUCAGUUUGCCAGCGGCUUAAAGUAUAGAUCUGAUGCAGUAUGGGCCAUGACAGUCAGGCUUCAGAACUACAUCAUAGCCAAUGUUUCUGCAAACGAAGUCAACUAUCGAGUGGUGAGAGGUGAUGCUUGGACUCUAACUGUAGGUAACAGUUGCCAUAAGAGUGGGGCUGCUGGAGUUUACACAGAUCGACCAAAAUCUCAAGGUGGCUAUCGGCCAUUUAUAUUUCAAUAAUGGUAGUGAUUGAUUUACAAAUAUUUUGUGCUGUAAAGCAUUAAACUUUUAAGCAGGGUAAAAUAUUCCACCUUACUAAAGUCAGUAAUAUAUAUUUUUAUUUAUGUACUUAUAAAUUAAAAUUAAUGUAGUUUCAUCAAAACAUAAAAAUAAUAAAUAUGUAUUGUUGAUCAAAAGGCAAAGUCACAAACAUGGAAAAAAGGUAAGUUUUUCUAAAUUCAAAGAUUAAAAUUAUUCUUGUGCCAAGUUACUUGUAACUAAAACCAUGAAUGUAAUUUCUUUGAUUUGUUAUGGCCAAAGGAAACUUCAAAUUUAGUUUUCUAAAUAUUAGAAAAUUGCAUCUUUGUGGUUUUGCAUUUGUACUGAAAAUGAACAUUCAUAUUUAUUAUACUUUUUUAAAAUCUUGGAAGCCUAUUUUACUUUAAUGUGUAAUUAAAACAUCAAUCUUAAAAUACAAUUUUCAUUUUCAAUUUUUAAAUGAAAUGGAAAGUACAUUUUUAUUUACUGAAAAUAGGGUUUGUUUUAUUUUUUUG